AUGAGGUACAUAGAUAAACCAGAGGAAAAAUAUAUCGCGAUAAUUAACCGAAUCCAUGAUACCAUCUGUAAAUUAGAAGAAACUUUAAAAUAUUCACGGGAUUUGGAAGCUAUCCGAUUUCUGCAAUAUUCCACGUUGAAGUCUCGCGAUAAAAUUCUGACGGAUGAUCUGAAGAAGAUUAAAAUGCGAAAUAAACAGAUGUUAAAUUUAUUUCGACAAAGUGUCACGGAUGUUCAACUCGGUUCUCUCGAUAUAUUGCCGGAAACUCUGAGGAGACAAGUACAAAAGACGUGGCAUCAGAAAUAUGACACUCUAUUAUCUCAGAACGAGCAAUUGAAGAGACAAAUUAUCACUAUGGACUACGCAAUGAAACAGAAACAGAAAGAAGUACGUUUGAUAGGUUUACGAUAA